AUGGUUGCGAUUCGAAAGAGAUUGGGGGUUACAGGAAAAAAUCAAUUUGGUUUCCUUAGACGGAAGAGAGCACAUGCGCACCAGAGAAGAAGGUGUGUGGAGCAGCAGCAGAGCCAACAGAACCAGCCGUUCAUAGCGGUUAAAGUCGAGCUCGAGCAGCUCGUUGUGUCCAUUCUUGAUGAUCCUAGUGUGAGUAGAGUUAUGAGAGAAGCUGGACUCUCUAGUGUUUCUGAUGAACUGAAUGGACUAAGGAAAAAAUGGAACCGAUUUUGUCAAACUCUUCACCACAGGAAACCCGGUAUGACUGCUCGAAGCUACGGUUGGGGCACGGAACAGAGCAGCUCUGUUUUUCCGGACACCGCAGCUACAAUUUCUUUUGUAGACUCGGGAAUGAAACAAAACUCACGUGCAUCUAGUUUGGUGGCUAAAUUCAGACGACAGAACUCGUGUACGCUCGAGUUUAGUUUUGGAAGUAACCAUCAAGAAGGUCUAAAGAAGAAUCUAACCGAUGAGUUGAGUUUAGAUGGAUCAAGAUUAACAAUAAUGAAGGUGUGGAAACCAAGAUCACUCUUGCACAUGGUCAUUCUCCAUUCCCAUCUCUGA